AUGCCCGCUGGAGUAACUUGGGGUCAAUAUAUUUCUUUUUCCAUGGCGGCUUUGGUCUCAAUGAUAGCAGGAUCACAAAUGGUUCACAUGCAUUAUCAUCCAUUGGAGGACCUACAAAAGUAUAUUAAUAAAGAAUUAGAGAACUUCCCAGAGAAUAUGCAAGAAAAGAUAAAACAGGAGCUCAAGGAAGAAGGUGUGUUAAAAUGAAGUGUACCAGAAAAAUAUAUGCAUAAUGCAGUGCUAAUAUUAAUGAUAAUGUUGUAGUUAAAUUAGUAUAAUAUUUAACAA